GUUGAACGUGUCGGUCCAAAGGAUUAACCCGGGGAAAAUUUUGGUGCUGGUGCUGCUGGUGAAAAGUGCUGCUGUUGGCUGUUGGAUUUGCCUUCCAUCGGGUUGGUUGCCUGCAAAUUGACGGUGACUGCAGCAAGUACUCUGUGGAUUAAGUGAAGUGUUUUGUGCCAGUAGGUACCAAAUUAUUGGUACAAGUUAAGUGAUAAUCGAUCCGUUGUUGGAAUUUGUGCGAUUAUGAGUGGUUCCGGGAAAGGAUUACUCGGAUUAUGGCUGUAUCACAGUGGCGAUCAGGAGUGGGCCAUCAAGGAAGGAAGUCCGCUGCACAAAAGGAGAGAUUUUGCUCGUAAAUCGCGUUCUUUUCAGGAAAAUGGCGGCAACGGAAAACCAUCCGGUAACGAUAAUAGCAACGGCAACGAUCCGCAUCGACAGGCAUGCGGGGACAAAACUUCGAUAGUAUUUACCCUGAAGAACCAGGUCGGCGGCCUGGCCCGGGCACUGCAGGUAUUCCAGGAGCUGGGCGUCAACGUUCUUCACGUGGAACUGAACCGUCAAGGAGGGCCUGGAGAGGCCUGCGAGGAGGCCGAUGUCCUGGUGGAUAUCGAGUGUGAUUCCAAUAAGCUGGAACAGGUCGUGCGAAUGUUGAAGCGAGAAGUGCAAUCCGUUAACUAUGCUGCUCCGGUGGCAGAUGAUGGUCCACCCCCGACUCCGCUGUCAGCUUGUGGGAGUUUUGAUUUCGGAGAAAUGCACUGGUUUCCGAGGAAAAUAUCUGAUUUGGAUCGGGCCCAGAACGUUCUGAUGUACGGAAGUGAGCUGGACGCUGACCAUCCGGGCUUCAAGGAUCCAAUCUACCGGAAACGACGGGAACAGUUCGCUGCCAUUGCCAAUACAUACAAACAUGGUAAUCCGAUUCCUCGAGUUCAGUACACACCGGAAGAGAUCAGGACUUGGGGCACUGUUUUUCGCGAGCUGCACAAACUGUACAUCAAACAUGCCGUCCCCGAGUAUCUGGAAAACUGGCCGGAACUGGUCAAAUACUGUGGCUACCGGGAGGACAAUCUGCCGCAGCUCCAAGACAUCAACAUUUUCCUGAAGCGCAAAACUGGCUUCCAAAUCCGUCCCGUUGCCGGAUACCUUUCGCCGCGAGACUUCCUGUCCGGAUUAGCUUUUCGAGUAUUUCACUGUACCCAGUACAUCCGCCAUUCGUCCGACCCAUUCUACACCCCGGAACCCGAUUGCUGUCACGAGCUGCUGGGCCAUAUGCCGUUGCUAGCUAAUCAGAGCUUUGCCCAGUUUUCACAGGAGAUUGGCUUGGCAUCGCUGGGAGCUUCCGAUGACGAUAUCAACAAGUUGGCAACGUUAUACUUCUUCACGGUGGAGUUUGGACUAUGCCGGCAACAGGACGGAAGCUUCAAGGUAUUUGGAGCGGGGCUGCUAUCCUCGGUUGCCGAACUCAAACAUGCCAUUACGACUCCGGAUAAGAUCAAAAGGUUCGAUCCCGAUAUCACCUGCCAAGAGGAGUGCAUCAUCACAUCCUACCAGAACGCUUACUACUACACCGAUUCCUUCGAAGAAGCCAAAGAAAAAAUGAGAGCUUUCGCUGAAAAUAUUCAACGACCGUUUGGUGUUCGCUAUAAUCCUUAUACACAGACUGUGGACGUUCUGAGCAAUGCCAAGAAAAUUACCGCCCUUGUUAGCGAACUCCGAGGGGACCUAAGUAUCGUGUCGGCUGCUCUAAAGAAAAUUUCCGCCCUGGAUGAGGAAUUGGAUGUGGAAUCGAUCGAAAAGCUUCUGUCCUCUAGUUUACAUGUUUCAGAUAAAAGCCCCAACUCUGACAGCCCCGAUUCUUCAGAGAAAGCGUGUUCCCCCAAUCAAUCCAUGGAACUGAAAGGACCACUUCAACCCUAAACUCAAAAUAAAGAAAUGCUAAACCUGACAGGAUAAAACACAAGACACGUUUCGACAUCUCUCUCUCUCUCUCUCAAUGUGCGACAGCAGUGAUAAUAUGCAGCUAUCUAAUAACGGAACAAAAAAAUAACACAAUAUACAAACCAGUUAAAAUCAGUGCACUCGUUUGAAAUCCGAUUCAAAUUAUAUUAAAUUGUUAAAAAUCCGUGAUAAGUGAAAAAAAAACAAAAAGAAAAUCUACUAUUUCCCAAUGAUCUAGAUGUGGCAAUUGCAGGAAAAUAUUGCAAUCAA